UUGUUGGUAAUCAGGAGGUUUAAUGUCAACAAGAGAGUAAUGGUUAUUUUGGUCUGUCGAUUUGUCACACAUAUUUGAUAUAGUCUGUGAAAAAUUUGUUUCGACAUUCCACUUGAAAAAUGGCAGGAAUAAUAUUGAUAAACAUAAGUUAUGAAGGAGAUAAUGAAGUCUCGGAAAUUUAUAAACUUCAUCGCCAGACACGAUGGGUAGACUUGGAGGCUAUGGUAAGAUAUUGCGCUUUUAAAUUCAUGAUAUCCUACAAGGUUACUGUAACAUUAGAGCUUAAACAUAUUGUAAAAGACGAGUACUUUCAAGUAUCCUGAUUGUCAUAAGUCAUAUAUUUGAAUGCAGACAGUGGUCUAUUGUAUAAAUCUGAACUAGAAGAUUAACAAAACAAAAUGGUGGCCAUUGGCAUUGACAUAGUUCAGUUGUUUACGUCAAAUCACUUUCAAGGAAGUUGACACUGGCUAUUCCAUAGAACAGUUGGAAUAUCUUUUAAACUGCUAGUUUUUCUCCUGAACAUUUCAUUAAACUAUUCAUUGUCUUCAAAACUGCAAGUUGGAUUUUUUUUUUUUUUUUUUUUUUUACCAGUUUACUCUCCCACAAAGAUAUAAAUUUUUCAUGGAACACUUCCAGUAUGCGUCCCUGAUUUAUCUGUAAGUAAGUCACUAAUUAAGAAAAUUGCAUCAUCUGUAGCUUAUGACCCCUUUUGCCUUGCCUUGUAAUUAAUAUUGUUGAAAAUUUGGCAAAUAGCAUUUUAACCCCCCAGUCCAUACCCCACUUUUCUUUAAACGCUAAAAAUCCAGCUAAUUCAGUGAGGAAGAAAUGUCACUACCUUAUUUCGAAUUUCCUCUAGACUAUAUCAAAUUAAAUACCGCACUGCUAUCAGUCACAGAUUGACACUGGUAGGGGUAUGGGGACCUGGUCUGUGAGUGUGAUGGAAAAGAUUCUGAUGAACAUGAUGAAAAUAAAGAUUCACUCGUCAUUCAAAAAUGUAUAAUCAUUGUAUUAAUGUAUACCACCGGUACGUUGUGAGUACGUUAAUAAUGGGAGUUAUCUUUCCCUGGAUAUCUAAAUCAAUCAAAUACUAUAUGAACACGGGCAAUUAUCGUCCAUGUUUGACCUCAGUAUAAUUUAUUCAUGCAUAAAAUGUAUUAAUAUGUCACUCUUUGUUGCGUAUUUCACCGUUAAGUAAAUGUUUACAUAUACUCGCUCUGCUUAAUCGCUUCAAUCUCAAAGGGAUUUUCUAGAAUGUGCCUAAUUACGUGAGAUACGCAAAAUAUAGCUAUUUUAGAUCCGAACGAUCAACUUCGCAUCAUCGUAGGCUCUAGGUUUAUCCAUACUAGCCCGUAAAAAAUAGGGUAGAACCUCGUCCCACUUUUCCUGUAGAAAUAAAAAUAGAACAUGACGCGCCACCUAGCGAGCGUGGUUGUUGCUACUAGUGGAUUACAUUUUACUAGCCCAAUGAAAUGUUUUUACUAGCCCUGAAAAUGAAUAAAAUUUCAAAAGUGAGGUUAUUAAUAAUUAUUUUAUACUUCUGAAAUUUUAAAUUCAAUUAUUAUCUCCAAAAGUCUGAGUUUUGUGGAUCAGUUUGUUCAUUAUUUUUCUGAGUCAUAGCUCAAGUCCUUCUCUUCUUCCUUAUCCAUUUCUAAAGGUCGUUGAUUAAUUUCAACAUUACUUUCUGCAGAAUUGAUUUCCUGAGAUUGUGCUCUUUCCCUCGUAACAGCUAUUCUUUGAUUAUACUUGUUUGUCUCCCUUUCUAAAUUCUUACAUGCUUAUUCUACUUCCUUCCUUUUAUUUUUUAUUUAAGUGUCAAAAAUAGUAUUAAACAAAGUAAAUGUACCAACUCCAUAAAAAGUUUACUCAAACAUGGUUAUUUCAGUAUGAUUUCUCCUCAGAAUGGUUUUAUCUGUGGAAAUUUUCUCUAUCCCAUUAGGAUACUUUUAAGACAAUUUUUACAUGGAGGGGUGUGCAAUUACCAUCGCCUGAGGCGACCAAUUGUGGAGAUCGGGCAAUUAGAAAAUGACUCUGCAUUCAGCUCGUUGGGCUAAUAAAUCCAAAACAAAAGUAAACACAUUAACAUUUUCAUUGUACAUUUGUCAAUAUAUUGUUGACUGACAUUAUGUUAUUGUAUGAAUUAACUUUAUUGCCAAAUGAAGAUUCUCAAUCCAUUUUAACAUACAUGCAUUGUUAAUUGAUAGCAGCAAUCAGUUUUAUAGUAACAAAAUGUUUUUCGGGGGUCUGUUUUUGCUCUGCCAUCAAUUUUGAAUUCUUUAUAGAAUUUAUGAAUUUGAUCAAUAUUUGUGAUCUUUACCCCUUUUUUCGCUCAGUGAAUUUUUCUGAUUGAAAUUUGUCAGUCAUUGUUGUUGUAAACUUUUCACAUUUUCAUCAUCUUCUCCAGAACCACUGGGCCAAUUUCAAUCGAACUUGUCACGAAGCAUUCUUGGGUAAAGGGGAUUCAAGUUUGCUCAAAUGAAGGGCCAUGCCCACUUCAAAGAGGAGAUAAUCACAAAAAUGCAAAAAUAGGGUGGGGUCAUUUAAAAUUUUUCUUCUCAAGAACCACUGGGCCAGAAGAGCUUAUUAAAUUCAUAUGAAAGCCUCUUGACAUAGCGCAGAGUCAAGUUUUUAAAAACUAUGGCCCGCGGGGGGUAGGAUAGGGCCACAAUUAUGUAUCACUUUUUCAUGCGAAUGUAUAAGGAAAACCUUUAAAUAUGGUCUAAGGUGACUCAGGUGAGCAAUGUGGCCCUUUGUGGGUUGCUAGUUAGAUUUUUUAAUUGCACAUUCCUGUUACUAGCUGCUCCCAGACCAGUCAACUAGUGUCGGGUUAGUGAGUGACUGAUUGUUGCCACAGCUCAGUUAGCAGUCAAUUUGCUUUUUAACUCGGACCUGAUAGAAGAGUGACAUAAAGUGAAAAGAACCUUUAGUUGUGUCUAUAAUAUUCCAUGUCAUUCCCACUUCCUGCUUUUGAAUAUUAAAGUGAAAAUAUUAUUCAUGUGCUGAGACAUUUCCUGCAUUGUCCUCCUUCUAGUGGGUAUAGCAAGAACUUUGUACUAUUGAUAGAGUUAUAAAAUUUCUAUGUGUCUUUUGCAGUUGAAAGCCCAGUUUGACUGUGAAAAUAUGGGAGUGUAUUAUGUUGAUUCUGAGGGAGACUAUAUUGCAUUGAGUAGCCAGGUAGAGUUAGAAGAGGCUUUCAAGGUAGCAGACCAGUGUCAUAGCACUCUUUACAUGCGAGUGAGAAACUUUGGAUCCUCUCCCCCCAGACAAAGAGUAGAGACAGAUGCCACACCCAUCAAUGAUGACACAGAAUUAAAAUUGGCCUCAGUUAUCCCAGAAACCCUUCAACAACAAGAUGACAAACCAGAGGUCUUGUUACAAGCAGAUGAGCAACUCCCCAAAAUCCAAAUCACAGUUAAAACUAGUGAAGAAAAAGCAAACUCCAGACAAGAGAAGAGAGACAAGCCAGAUGAUGUGGACAGUCAGUCUGAAGCUACGCCUCUGUUUUCAGUGAAGAAGUCAAAGAAGAGGCACUCUCGAGAUUCUGACAGGAAAAAGAGUGGCCAUCGUCACAAAGAGGAUUCACAGAGCGAACGCAAAACAGAGGAAGCUAUUCCAUUCCCAGCCUUCAUCAAAUACAUGAAAGAGCUGAAGAAGGAGUUACAUUCAGAAAUUGUUAAGGAUGUGACAAGAAAGACUGUUAAACAUGUGCUUCGUGGUUUGGAUGGAGCUGUACUACAGAGCUACAAAGGGGGAGAGGCUACAGAAAGUCAGCCCAAGGGGGCCACAGCCUCAUCUCACCAGGGAGUUCAGGAGGAGGCCGACACCAGCAACAGCCAUCCUGUGUACUACCACUGUGGGGUUGAAUGUGACAACUGCAAUAAAGUGAUUGUGGGAGCCCGAUACAAAUGUUGUAACUGUGUGGACUACGAUCUAUGUGAAGAAUGUGAGAACAUUAGUGGAGUCCAUGAUCACACUCAUGUCUUCAUCAAACUCCGCCGACCAAUCAAAUUCCGACAGAGGGGUCCGUUAAUGAAACAGAUUUUGUACAAAAUGUACAGGCCGCCAUCAUCAGCUGAGGAGAGCACAGAGAAGGAAGAAAUGGAGGAAACAGUGAGGAGUGGAAAAGAGGGCAAAAUUCUGGCCAAGAUCGAGAAAGUACAAGCAAAAGCCACAAUGAAGCAAGAAAAACUAAAACAAAAGCAAGAGAAGGCAAUAGAAAAGUUGAAAAUGAAAUUGGAUGUUGUGAAAGAUAUGAAGGCACAUUUUAUGGGAGACUUGACCAUCCCUGAUGGAACUAAAAUACAACCCGGGACCAAGUUUGUCAAGACCUGGAAAAUCCGCAAUUCUGGAAACAUCCAGUGGAGAAGGACCACCAAGCUCCACAACAUCUCUGGAAAUCUGCCCACGGCAUACUCUGAUGUCGAUAUACCCCUCCUGAAACCAGGGGAGACGGCUGACAUCUCUGUCACAUUCUUUGCUCCGGAGGAACCGGGAAAGUAUCAGAGCCACUGGAAGAUGCAGGAUUCUGGUUACCAGUUUGGGCACCGAGUCUGGUGUCUGGUACAAGUAGAACCCAAACUGGUUCUGGAGCCAACCAAGUCUGAAGAUUCACUAAAAAUUAUUGAUGAAGAGACCAAGGAAGAAAAGAAGGAAGAAGUACCUGCAAGUCUGACAAAUCAUGCAGAUGAAGACUUGACUGAACCCCAAGAAACAAAUGAAACAGAGUUCCUGAUUGAGAGAAGUCCUAUCCAGUUGGAGCGGAAACCAGACAACCAGCCUUGUGAGACCAUCACCAAUGAGACUGUCCAGAAGCUGGAACAGGAAUUGACCACAGCCGCUGCUGCGAUGGCUCAGUUACAACUCGAUGCCCAGCAGAAGCCUGCUGUGUCUGAGGAGACUGGUCAGGACCUGAUGUCAUUUGAAAUGCUGGAUAUGUCUAGGGGAUCUAACAAGAUGUCACAGACUGCCACACCCAACAACACUCCCUUAGUUGUGUCACCUCCCAAGUCACCAUUGCCAGAGGAAGGCAGUUUGUCCCGGACAAGCAGUGUGGAGCUUUUGAACCCUGAACACUUCUCGGACAAAACAGAGGUCAUUGACAAUGAGUUUGUGGAGAAUUAUAUGAACAGUCUGCCCGUUCCUCAACCAGCGGAAUUCCAAUACACCUCUGAGGAGGAUGAGAGUCUCAGUGAAGAUGAUGAUUUUCUCAUUGUACCCAUGCCGGCAUGUUUUGACUUCAGUAAGCCAGUUGUUAAACCACAGGUGUCGGAGAGUUCCUCAGACAAUGAAACAAUGGACAACUAUCACAGAACACUGGACGACAACCAUAACAACAUCGUUGUCAAUUCCCCUUCUGUGGAUGACAUAUUGAUUGCUUCAAAUUCAGUGUCUACACCCCCACUGGAUCCGCUUGUCCCUUCACCAGCCGUUCCUGCAGUGGAAGAAAAUCUCAGUCCGAAGAUCCCUGAGAACCUCACAGCUCCUGCCCAGGGAGAAUUCCAAGAGGAAGUCAGAACUGAGAGGGACAUUGGCGCUUCAGGUAAUCUUGAUGUUCCUUCAACUAAUACAGAAACAGGGGAAGUUAGUGCUACUAAUACGACAGUUAUUGAGCAUGUGAUCGAGACAGGAGAUAUCACUGCUACCCCAAUCAUGGGGCAAUCUAGUGAGACAGGAGAGGCGACCAACACCAGGCUAGAGGAGCAGGUCUCCUCCUCUCAAGACACUACAGAGGUCAAAGAGGCCCUUCCACAGGAGGAUGUGUGCACAGGGGGUGCUCACCAUGGAGAUCAGGACAAAGGAGAUAAAGCUGCAGGCCAUGAAAUGCCUGUUGCUGGUGAAAUGGUGAAUCAGAUGGUAAGCACUGCCGUUAAUGCAGCCAAUCGUGCUGCUGCCAAUGCCUACACUACUUGUAAAGAGGUCUUCUACACAUGGCAGGCAAGAACUUAUCAGAAUGGUACUUCCCAGGAAAGGAAAGAGUACAAACCACCUAAGGCAUCCUGGAAACCGAAAGCUGAAAAGUGGAGACCAAAGGAGGAAAGAUGGGAGCCUAAGGCCACAGACUCGGGACCGAUGAAGAAACUCAUGGAGAUGGGCUUCUGUAAUCGACAGAGAAACCAGGAACUGCUCAACAAACACAACUCCGACUUGGACAAGGUUCUGUUUGAGCUUCUUAAUCACUCGGACAAUGAUUGGAUGCAUAACAGGCACUGAACCAAUCUGCACUGCAAAUAUUGAAAGAGAUCUAAAAGAACUUAUAUUUUAUUUCUUUCACCUUUUAUGACAAUGGUUUCUCAACCAAACGAACAAUGGCAAUAAAAAGAACAUGUCAAGGAUAAGAAUAAAUUUUGUACAAGUACAAUAUAUACAUGUAUAUAAUCUUGUACAUGUACAAUAUGUACAUGUAUAUAAUCUUGUACAUGUACAAAUGUAUAUCAUUUUUUAAGACACUGUAAACCAACUGUUAGUUUUGUGCAUGAACUCUAACACAGAACACUUCUUUUUUGGAAAUAUUUGUCAUGGCGUAUCUCUUAUUUUGUUAAUGCUGAAGUUUUUCCUUAUGACUCAUUCACUGUUAAUGCAUUUCCCAGUCAGCGAUCACCAUUCAAUGUGGGUGUGAAUUAAAGUUGAAAUACAGUUAGAUUUCAAGUUUGAUUGUAAAAACACCUAUGUUAUUGAAAUCAAAGUCAUGUGGUUAUUUUAACUCUGACAUUGGAAAUCAAGAUCUUAUAUAUUGUGAAAAGUGCACAGUAGAUAUAUUUGAAUAUAUACUUAUUACUUGUAGUAAUAAUUGUUUAUUAAACAGUAACAUCUCCAUGCAGUAUAGAUUUUAGUUCAGCUCAUGGGGCCAGGAGUGUAAGUUUAUCAGAUUUUCAUGCAUUUCUCAGCAAGACAAUGUCCAUUGCUUUGUUGUAUUCGUUCAGAGCUUUGUGUCUACCGAUGAUUAACUGAUAUGCUUACAAUGUGCCAAUCAAUACCCCAUCAUUUUCGAGUUAUAACUUGUGCACAGCUGGUGGAUGAAUAUUAUAUUCAAAGGAAGAUGUUUCCUUUUCAAUUUUUUCUGUGAUAAUGAAUAUAUUUAGAAAUGUAAAAUAUGCAUGUACAUUGUACAUAGUCUAGUGUUGUUUUGUCAAUAUACAUGUACAUGUAAAAUCAUAAUUCUUUUGGCAAAGCUUUAUAAAAAAAAGUUUUGAAAUGUUCUGCAUGUUUAUUUUUUUUCCAGCUCUUUGUUUGAUAAUUAGAAGGUUAUAUUAUGCAUUGUAUACGUUGGGAUUGUGCAUAUUAUGUUGUUGCAGUUAUAUUGUACAAAUUUAAUAGAUUUUUGUUGAGAAGAUGCACACUUGUGUUGUAUGCCAAGAGCCAGGAUCUUUGUGUAUCAGGAAAACACAUGAUGGAGGCUGGAUGUGACAAGUGUGUUUGUUUAGCCUUCAAUGGAAAGUUACAUAAAAAGAAAUUCUCUGUUGAUCAGUGAUUAUGAUAUAUUGCAUUUGUGCUCAUGAAUAAAAUGGAACUUGUA